AUGUCAAAGAUUGCGAAUCUUGAUUUCAGUGCUUUGAAAAGCAAUGGUGACAACUACCUGGAAUGGGCGCUUGAUGCAAAGAUCAUGCUGCGAUCAAAAGAUCUUGGUGACACAAUCACCAAAGACAACAAUUCCAGUGACAAAGAAAAGUAUAGAGCUAUCUACAUGAUACGCCACCAUCUCCAAGAGAACUUGAAAACUCAGUUCUUGGACUACAAAUCAGUAGACGAGUACAACUCAGUCCUGUUCAGAAUUGUGUCCUUGUUAAGGUUAUGUGGUGAAAAAGUAACCGAGGAAGAGAUGCUUAAUAAAACUCUCUCCACGUUUCCUCAAACCAACAUGGUAUUGCAACAGCAGUACAGAGAGAGGAAUUUCGCCACAUAUACUGAGUUGAUAGAAUGUCUCUUGUUGGCUGAAGCUAACAACGAACUGUUAUUGAAAAACAGUGAGAUGAGACCUCCUGGUACAGCUCCAUUACCCGACAUCUCUAAGCUGGCUAUAGAGCCAAAGAAAGAGAGUAACCUUGUCCAACACAAUGACCAUCCCGGUCCAAACCGUGGAAGAAGUCAAGGACGAGGUCGUGGUUCUUUUAAAGCACACGGGCGAGGACGUGGUCGCGGUACCACACCCGGCUUUAGCCGUGGUCGUGGCCGAGGCCGUAGUGUGUCUUUUAAACCACAGAUCAAAGCUGAUCGAUGCCACAGAUGUGGUAUGGGUAAUCAUUGGGCAAAGAAUUGCCGAACUCCUAAGCAUUUGUGUGAGCUUUACAUGGAGAGCUUAAAAAGAAACCCGGAAGCUAACAUGGUUCGAGACCCGGGAUAUGAUGGUGAUGAUGAUGAUGACUUGGAAGACGUCCAGGAUCACCAGCACGAGUCAGACAAAGUUGAUCACAUGGAGUUUGAAACUUCAGACAUACUGAAAUAA